AUGAUUCGUAUAACUAUUAUACAAAUUAUAAAAUCUUAUACUUGAAAUUGUUAAAAUUAGUAAAACAAUACUUUUACAAAAUGAGCUAUUAUUGCUAUAUUUUUUUAAUUUUAAUUUUUAAAAAUUACAUUGAAGGAUAUUUAUUUGAAACGAAGUAUUUUUCUGUUCCUGUUGACCAUUUCAGUUUUACUCAAAAUGACACAUUUCAAAUGAAAUAUCUUAUAAAUGAUUCAUACUGGGAUUCAAAUAAUGGGCCAAUAUUUUUCUAUACUGGAAAUGAAGGUUCUAUAGAAAUGUUCUGUGAAAACGCAGGGUUUAUGUGGGAAAUCGCUGAAGAAUUCCAGGCUCUAUUGGUUUUUGCGGAACACAGAUAUUACGGUGAAUCGUUACCAUAUGGUUCAGAAUCAUUUAGUGAUAAAAAAAAAUUAGGAUAUUUGACAUCACAACAAGCAUUGGCUGAUUAUGUAGACUUAAUAACAUACUUGAAAAGUAAAAAUCGUCACAUAACACGUUUAAUCGGUAGCCAUGUCUAUGAUAUUGAAAUGAACGAUGGUAAAAAUACGCAUACGAAUCCAGUAAUUGUUUUUGGCGGAUCUUAUGGAGGAAUGUUAGCUGCUUGGAUAAGAAUGAAAUAUCCUGCUGUCAUUGAAGGAGCUAUUGCUUCUUCUGCACCAAUUUGGCAAUUUACUGGAAUGACACCUUGUAAUGCUUUUUAUAAGGUGACAUCAACUGUUUAUUUGAAAACUAGUACAGAAUGCGGCUUAACUAUUUCGUCUUCAUGGAAAGCAAUUAAUAACAUCACAGCGACUAGUGAAGGCAAAGCGUGGUUAUCAAAUAUUUGGAAACUCUGUACUCCAUUAUCAAAUAAUAAUGAUGUUACGAUGUUGAAAAAUUGGGCAUCAGAAGUAUAUGUUAAUUUAGCAAUGGCUAACUAUCCUUAUCCUGCUAAUUUUUUAAUGCCCCUUCCAGGAAAUCCUAUUAAGGAAUUUUGUAAAUCACUUAAAAAUUCUCAUAGUGAUGAUUAUACUUUGUUGAAAACUGUUUUCCAAGGUUUAGGUGUUUAUUUCAACUUUACAGGAUCUACACAAUGUCUAAACGUGAACAAUUCAGCCACACCGAAUUUAAGUUAUAAAGGAUGGGAUUAUCAAAGCUGCACAGAAAUGGUUAUGCCUAUGUGUUCUAAUGGAAUCAAAGAUAUAUUUGAAAAUUCUCCAUGGAACAUAUCAGAAUACACUCAACAAUGUUUUAAUAAAUAUGGUGUUCGUCCAGCUCUUAAUACCAUAGAAAAGAUUUACGGUGGAAAAAAUUUAAACGGGGUUUCAAACAUCAUAUUCAGCAAUGGUCUAUUAGAUCCAUGGUCAAGUGGAGGAGUCUUGCAGAACAUUUCAAAAACAGUACGGGCUAUUGUCAUUCCUGAAUCCGCUCAUCACUUAGAUUUAAGGUCGUCUAACAAUAAAGAUCCUGUAUCAGUGAUAAAAUCCCGAAGAUACUACAAAAAUACAAUAAAGAAAUGGAUAUAUAAUUACCAAAAAAAACCAUUUCAAGAUUCAAGUACAUUUAUUUACACUAGUCAAAAUUUAAUUGAUUAAACAGAAAUCAUAAAACAUGACAUCGUUUAUUUUAAUAAUAAUUCAAUCAUGAAAUAAAAAUUUCUAUUUCUAAUAACUGUAUUGAAAUUUAAUUAAAAAACACAUACUUUUUGAUACCACAUAAGUUAAAAUGUAAUUUAAAAACGUUAAUUAUACAUAUAAAGUACAUUAAGAUACAAGAUAUAAGUAUAAGAAUAUUUAAAGAUUA